AUGCCCCUUACGCUUUUCCUUGUUCGUCAUGGCGAACGCAUGGACCACGUAGAGUCAAGUUUUUUAUACACCACACCGACGCCCUAUGAUCCGCCGUUGACGCCCAGAGGCAAACGGCAAGCGGAAAAAACUGGUGCUUACAUUUAUGAUAUACGGCUCGAGACCAUAGACAAAGAUAGAGAUCACCAGAGGAACGCGGAGUACGUGAUCUACGUUAGCCCUUUCUUGAGGACCGUAGAAACUGCAGUUGGAAUCGCCGAGGGAAUAUCCACCUCUCAGUCAAAUCUUCCAGCUAGUGCGAUCAAGCUACGAAUCGAGUCGGCACUAGCCGAAUGGCAUACGGCCGCAUAUUACGCACAGGCAGUUCCAAAUAGCAUCAUUACUACUCGCGUUGAAGAGUUGCAUCGUCUAACCGCGUCGGGACAACCAUUCUUCGAAGUCGAUUGGACAUACAAACCUGUUUUUGAUCAACUACCAGAUUACCCCGAAGGAAUUUAUGAGGUGUCGAAGCGCUGCGCCGAUGCUUUGCAAGGAAUAGCCGCGCCAUACAUUGAAAGCCUUCAACAGGACAGCUCAAAGGAUAUCGUCCUAAUAAUAGUGACACACGGUUGGUGUUUCAAUGUUAUUCAAGAAGCCUGUUCUAAGGAGAGCACAUGGACGGAAGCUGGAUUUUGUGCAAUAUCUCGAGCUAGAUGGAUACCAAAAGGAACCCAAGAGGAACAGAGGGUUCCAAGUAUAAAAAUUGAUCUUCCUGACGAAGAUAUUAAAAAAGCAGAUGUGAAUGACAACAAUCCGUUGGGAAAGUGGAUAGUGGAUAUAACAUCCAGCGUGGAGCAUUUGAAAGGAAUAUUAGGGAGUUGA